AUGAGUAUAACUAUAAGAACGUAUGGCUGGCCCCAUCGGCAUCGCCUUACACUGAUCUCCCAGAGUUAUUUUUACCAUCUUUCGGUUCUCAACUGCCCAGCAUUACCUAUAUUUGGUGCAUACGAAUUUUCACCCCUGCUGGUAAUCUCUCUUAGGAGAUUGUCAAGGCCUGUGAGAUACAGGUCGGUAAAUGAAAACCGGGGGGCGACCAGUCUUUGCGCCCCUUCUGCGCUCCCCCUAACCAUAAGCCUUCAGGGCACGCCACUUCUGACUCCUGGUUCCGCCACUGAGUCUUCCUACGUCAUUAGGACGCCUUCUUCGAAUUUCAGGGAAAGAGACGACUCGUACGAGGAGGAUCACAAUUGUUAG